GCGGAGCACUACCACGAUGGGACGGUAGCGAAGACUAGAGCAAAGGUAUGAGGAUGAGCUGGAAAAAAAUGUGGACAAAGUAUGGAAGAGGAGAGUGAGGCGAUCGGAAGAGUGAGAAAACGCAUCAAAGAACCACUCUUGAACCAGGUAAAGGAGUUGGGGAACAAGAUAAGGGAGAUCGGGUCAUGCCAGGAUGAGGGCAAGCUGCGUAGGGUUGAGCUCGCGACGAAAGAGUUGAAGAGUUUGUUCAGGGAGGAUAAGGAGAUUAUCCAGGCGUGGAGAUCAGACUUUCUGGGGAGGGUAAAGGCUAGGAACCUAUUGCGCGAAGGAGCUAGGGAAAAGUCUGCAGAGAACGUAGCAACGGAGGACAAGGACGGACUAGAUGAUCUAGCUAGGAGGACGGAGAUAGACGCUCGAGAACUCUUGAGGGGUGCAAGUCGGGAGACAUUGGUUAGGCUUGGGACUGCGAUCUGCAGCAGGAGUAGAGAUCCUGUCACGGGUGUAGUGCAGAUCAGGAGAGGCGCGACCUUGUUGGCAGAGCCUGAGGAAGAGGUUUACAUAGACACCGGGAUUCUUGGGAUAGAAGGAGAGCACGAGGUCCGCGAUGGGAACGGAGUACUGGUGACGACCUGGACCGCAGGGCUUGCGAGACGUAUGGGCGAGCUAGGAGAUUGGAUGAUUACUCGCAUAGCCCUCGCUAUGAGGCUGAUGGGGGCAGAGGCGACUCUCGAGGCCGGUGGGAGUCAGAUCAGGGCUGACGAGACGGUUACAGGGAUGGUAGAUAUGAGAGAUCGGACCGAUAUGGAUAUAGGGACGACAGAUACGAGAGGACGGAUGGAGAUGGAUACAGGGGUGGCAGGUAUGAGAGAGGAGAUCGAGACGGAGACCGACGAGAUGACUCGCGCGGACGGUAUGACCGCGGGGGAUUCGCGAGAGCGCAGCGUGACGAUUCGCGGGGGUGGUACGACCGAGGAGAUCGGCGCGAUGAGUCACGCGGGCGAUACGACCAUGAUGACCACCGGAAUGACUCACGGGGGCAAUAUGAGCAAGGAGGAUCCGGAGGAGACCGCAACAAUGAUUCGCGCGGCCGGAAUGAGAGAGGGGGAUAUGGCACGACAUCCGAUCAGCAUACAAACAGGGAAGGGUUCGACCUCCAGGAGCGCAGACGACAGGCCACCCACUCCCAGGAACUCUUGCGUCUACUGUAGAGGGGAUGAUCAUAUCAAGAGAGACUGUCCGGAUCUCAAACGGGCAAUAGAUGAGGGACUUGUCGUGCUUGAUGACCGCAAGUACGUCAAGUGGGCAGAUGAUCUGGGAGACGUAUCGAUGUUCCCUUCGAUGAAGGAGAAUGUUGAAGCAAGGAGAGUAAAGCCGAGUAAAGAAAAUGAGCUGGUUAGGAGCCAGAGCAUCAAGAUAACUUUCAAAGGAGAUAUGGCAACCACACCCAUAAGGGUGGCAGCUACCAAGUCGGCGAGAGGGUCUACAUCGAAGAAGACUGACACGGAUUACGUGAUGGCGGAGAAGGACGGACAGCGGAUCGAUGGAAAGGAUGUAAUUCUUUCACCGCGAAAGCGGGGAGUGAAGAAGUUCUUGAUGAAGAGUUCGCUGGAUGAGAUUGACACGGUCGAGCCACUGAGACGGGCCCUUCGGCAGCCCAUGCAGUGCUCAAUUCUGGAGUAUCUGACAACAUCCAAGCCAGCUGGCGACGAGUUACAAAUGAUCACGCGGAAGACUCGCAUACCUCUAUUAGAGGAGGUUCAGAUGACCCCUAAGGCGGAUGCUCCUACCGUCGCAGUAUCGGAGGUGACUGCUAGAGCAGAUCGCAUGGCGACAGUCCUUCUUGAUGGGAUGGAAGGUGUGCCUCCAGACAAGUUUUACAUACUUGGAAGUGGGACCGUGGAGGCGAUCCUAAACGACGGGGCGGUUCUAGAUGCUGUGAUCGAUAACGGCAGUGAGGCUGUCAUUAUAGACGAGGAUCUGGCAGAGCAAGUUGGACUGAGACUCGAUAGGUCAUACUUAUUCGAGAUAGAGACGGUCGAUGGUAGAAAGCAACAAAUCACAGGGGUUUGUCACAAGGCAGCCAUAGAGGUCCAAGGGGUACGAGUGACCCUGACAAUCUUUGCAGUCAAGAACUGUAACUCUGACCUGCUUUUGGGACGGACGUGGUUGAGCCACGUGCAUGCGGUGACGAUAGAGCGACCGGACGGUAGCCAGACAUUGUCCAUUAAGAAGCUAGAUGGGACUCGGGUUAUGAUUGAGACGGUGGAGCCUCGAGACCCGAGGAACAAAGCAGCUCUCGCUGUGGGUGCGGGACCCGGUGAUUAGAUUAAGUCAUUACCUAUCUCCGGCCACGCGGUGCGGUUGCGCGAGAAGA